ACAAGCCUUAGAUCUGGCUUUUCUGAUGAAAACUUUUAUUUUUGUGUUAUUUAUAUCCUGAAAGAAACUCCUCGACGUCUAUAUUAUAUUGCUAAAUUUUAACGUGUCCAUUUACCUAUUUCUGGUGGAGCUACUUUUUUCAUUCUGGAUUCCCAAAAGAGGACCUAUUUGGAUAUAUACAAAAUGGAUUUAGCCGAAACGAUGAAGAAUGUAUUGGCUAAGAGUAGCAGUGGAUCAUCAAGUGCACCAAGCACAUCCACUUCGGCAUCUACACACGGCGCCGAGGGCUAUGUCACAGAGAAGUUGUACAUGCUGUUGCAGCUGUAUUUACAAAACAAGGGCUGGAGUCCGAGCAUAGAGUUACUACAGUGUUUUAGUGAUCUCAAAGAGUCUUCCAUGUUACCAAGUUCUUCUUAUUUGCAAAUGAUGGCAUCAAGAGUGGGUCUUGAUGCUCAAGGCAGGUUAAUAUAUCGUGAGAAUGGUAAAAUUAUUUUACCUUAUGAGCACUUUGCUAAUGCAGUUAUGUUAAAACACAUGAAUGGACCUCAUGGGUUACAUCUCGGACUAGAAGCUACUGUCAGAGCUGUUGUAGAGUCUUACACAAUUGGAAGAGAGCAGUUUGGAAUGGAGAAAGAAUUCAUUGUGGAGGUUGUACAGAACUGCCCGAACCCUGCAUGCCGCUAUUACAAGAAUCAAUUAGAGAUGACCCAGAAGUCUAUACAGCAACAUCUUUCUCAACAACCUACUUAUAUACCAGAUGCAGGCAGCUCAAACUUGUCUGACAGUCAAGCAGUAGAGAGACUGUUGAGAGGAACAGCAUUGCCACAAGACUAUCAACUGCCUCUUGCGCCCCAUUUAGCUGCCCUCAGUGAGUUGUUAACAAAUUUAGCUGGUGAUAAGUCUGAGCGGCGGGCUGCGGAGAAGCUGACUCAGCACCAACAGAUGUUGCUGCAGCAUCAGAACAGGUCGCUAGGUCACCAGUCGUCAGUGGACAAGUACGCGCAACGGUCCACCUCGCUGUCGCAAUCAAAUCUAGAAACAAAAUCAAAACACCAUUACAGUGACGAACACAAAUUAACCGACUUCUUAAGAGCAAAUUUAGAUAGCCUGGAGUCUCUGUCGAGCGGCGGCGCGACCGUAGCGGCAGCAGGUGCGGGCGCGGGUAGCGGUGCGGGGGGCGGCGGGGGGCAGGAGCGGGUGGUGCGGGCGUUCGCGGAGCUGGCCCGCAACCUGCAGCGGAUGAGACCGUGUGUGCGGCCCGCCAUGUGCAAGCCGUACGGGAAGCAGAGCGAGCAGCUGCAGAAGAUACUGCUGGAUACAAUACAAUUGGUUCAGUCACUGCGGAGCUACCUGCCUCCUCCACACAUACAGGUCACCUCCUGGAAGAACGACGACAAGCUACGUUCCACCAAUAUGGAAGAGCUGGAAAGUCGUAAGAUAGUAAGUGGUAACUAACAGUUGUGCAUUUAUUGAUGUAGGUACACACACACUAACAAACACACUGUCACAUGUUUAUUUAUAUAUCACUUGUAUUCUGUAUUGUUAGGUGUCAAAGUUAUAUUUGUGCUUGUUUAAACCUUUUAAUUAUUUUUGUUAUAUUCGUAUUUUUUAUAUAUCCUAGAUAUAUGAACUGUCAUAUUCAAUAACUUUUUCACUGGCAUUAUUACCUUUUUUUGGUGGUACCUACUGUUGGUUGUAUGUGGUAUUGGUUUACCCGUUAUAAAAUAUUUUCUUUGUAGAAAUAUUUGUGCAUAUAAUAUUUACACCGCGGUCGCGGCUGUCUUCGAAAGUACUAAUAGAACAUAUACUAAAUAUAUUAUAUGACAUUGUACGAAGGUAAUAUUUAUGAAGAAGAACAUGCUUUACAGACUAUUUAUAUUACUGACAUAAUGUUUCGCACAAAUGCAAUAUAUUACUAGUUUUAUUUGUGUUAUAUUUAAAAUUCGAUUUAAGUAUUCGGUAUGUACUUUUUGUACUAAUGUUUAAUUUAUGACGUGUGGAGGGGUUGGUUUAACAUAAUGAUUUUAUCAUAUAUAUAUAUAUAUAUUAAGUGCAUUAUUUACACUGUGAUAAGUGUAAUGUUAGUAUUGUAUUUAAGAGAGUGCUGUAGUUAAAUUAACUUAUGGUGAUAGAGUUAGGAACUAGAGCUCUAUAGGGUAACACAAUGAAACACUAAUUACCUCCGUAUUGUAUUACUAAAAUCUUAACCAAUUUUUGUUGUUUGAAAAUUUAUUAAUCCAUUAAAUAUAAAUUUUAAGCAAAAGUAUUAAAAUUUUAAGCUGGGCGCUCUAAAUGGUACUUAUACCAAUAGAGCUUACUCUAUAUAUGCUGUAUGCUGGUAACGACACUUAAAACCAAAUAGAGGAAAGAAAAAUUACCGCUAUAAUGGUUAUUAAUGAAACAGGGUAUCAAUGUAGGAUUCGUGCGGGGCGAAGUUCUGGCGAUUUAUGAAUAAAAUUGUGAAUUGAACGAAAUCUAUGUAGAUUUGUGAUGCAAUACGCCACGACUCAUACAGAAACUGUUAUGAAAAAUUGCGCGCUAAUCUUUCUCUCCUCCACUCAUUACCAUAAAAAGUGUUGAAUUUCAAAUCGGUUUAGUUGACUAGAUUACUAACACUAGGGUAAAAGGUUACUCUUUCUGGUGUAUAAAACUGCCAGUGUGAGGUAAUUAGUGUUUUUUUUAUGUUGGCAACCCUGUUUUAGUUUUUCUGCUUACAAGCUUGAAACGGAAUUCUAAAUUUAUUUCCUUCGUCAAAACCCGCCUUUUAUUCUUUAACUAUUUAUUGUAAUGUUUAUCUAAUUGGCUAUUUAUUUAUUGUAACCUUAGUUCGGAAUAAGUUUUUGAAGUGACAACAUCCCAUUGAGCGUAUGUGACUAAAGACUGCAAAGUGAACGCUUGUGUAAAGUUGUACGUAAGUUACUUAGUGGACUAUUAUUUGAUUGUGUAAUAGCUUUGCCUUAAAAGGUUUUUAAACGGGAUGUACUUCACACCAAUAUAUAUGGCUGCAACAUUGUAAUUUAGUGAAUGGCCUGGCAGUGCUAUUUCGGCAAUACUGUCUUAAACAGUCUUCUACAUAAUUCAUUUAAUACAAUAAGAUAUUAUGAACAUACCUUACAUUACAGAAAGUAACGGCCCAAGCAAUUAAAAUCUAAAUAACAAUACCAAACAGUCCCCAUACAGAAAAGGAUACAUAUACCUAUAGGUGGCUGAAAUUAUAACUGACCAGGUAAAUAUAGCGAAUAUUAGUAGCCGGAAGGUACUGGAGAUGUUCCACCAAUUUUGUUGCACCUACUUUAUCUUUAUAGCCACUGGGUGUAAAACGAGAGAGCAGUAUUGCCGAUGUCGUGUGCUCGCUUGCACUUUAUAGGUUAAGGAAUGUACAUUUAUAAAGUAAAACUACUAUAGUUAUCUUUGGCAUUAAUAUUAGUUAUGAGUGUCGCCUUACUGUGUGGAUAUUUUUUUUUAUAAAUAAGUUAAGAUUUUCAUUUAUUUUUAGAUGUUUGAACAGUUUCGGUAGAUACUAAUAUUUUUUUUUUAAAGUUUAUUAUUAUGAUUCGUGUUUUGCGUGUAUCUCUUUAUCUUCCAAAAAUCACGUUAUAUGUAAGAUUCUAAAUAAGAUAAUAUGUUUAGUGCAAUAACUAGGCAAAGCCUGAAUUCAAUUUAUAUAUCUUCAGCGUGUAUUUUAAAUUGUAAGAGUAGGCGGAUAGAAGUUUUAAUAUUAGAUGUGAUCGGAUUUUAUACAGCCUAUACAUUGAUGGACUAGCGUAGUAGGGGUCACCGGUCACUUCGGCUCGACCUUUGCUAACAUUAAUCAUUUUUAAUUUAUUGUUUGAAAUCCCAGUGCGAUUGAUUAACUGCGCAUUAGUUUCCCUAACCGUGUAAGACCCGCGCCCUUUAUUGGCAGUUUUGUUAAUAUUGGUUAUUGUCAAGGUAUUGUUUUUUAUUUUCAAUAUUGUUGUUUUAUAGAGUGAUAAUUUCAAAAAGCUAUACAUAUUGCGUUUAAUCUCCCCAAAUUAAAUUUGUAAACAACGUAACGAGGAACUUUCUACAAACAAGAAGCGUCACCAAUUACAAAUUUUAUGUAAGGCGCUCGUUGUGAGAAAUUCUAGAGACAAAAUGAUGCGUAUUAGGAUAUUAUUCAAAAUAUUUUUUCUGAGAAAAGUGAAAAAAUAUUGCCUUUCCAAUAUAGUAAAAAAUAUUUUUUAUCGAUGAUGUUAUAUCGAUGACCUCCAUUUUGGUAUAUCAUUACAUUUUGAAGUGGCAACUUCUUUAGUAUUGUUGUGAUUUGAAAAUAAAUGAAACGAAAAAGCGACAGUAAAAAGAGACAGACACAUAAAUUCGUAAGAUUAUACGUGGGAGAAAAUGAGAUAGGAAGCAUUAUACAGUGUUUUCGUACCAGGCGAUCAUAGUUGAACAAGAGAUUGUCUUAUGUAUGAUGCGAGUAUAUCUUUAUAUAUUCUGACGUCAUGCGCACGACGUAUUACUACAUGUGAACAUAAAUAUGGUAGCGGUGAUAGUAAUGUCUUUCAUUACGGUUGAAGUCAUGUCUUUCAUUACGGUUGAAGUCAUGUGUCAUCGUAGCAACAUGUACCAGGACUUCAUAUGCAGCUUAGAGGUUCUUGCACAAUGCACAUCUUAAAAUGAUUAUAAAACUGAUGACCCGUUGUUAUCCGUUGGUGUUCGUGCUCUGCUUCGUGCCACCUCCGCUCGUGCUACAAGUGUUAAUACGUAUUUGUGCGCGCAUGCGUAGUACAAAGCUUGAGAAAAGGCACCAAAAACCCUGUUUUUUUGUAUACGUGUACGUAUUAUACGUUUGUAGAGUUUUUUUUUAUUAUUUUUAUACUAAAAUUUUUCAUCAUUUUUGAAGGUUUGUUGUGACCAUGUCUAAUAUUUUUUAUUUUAUUUUUUCCCGCAUUAUGCUGUGUUAUAAUGCUUGUUUGUUUGUAGUUCUUAUUUAAUAUAAAUAUCAAAUUAAUUAGUUCGUAGGUGUCUUAUCCAUACAUUAAAAUUACAAUGAGGCUAUUGUCAUUUGUUAAUCGGGUCUUUUUCGUGACUGAUAUAUAUAUAUAUAUGGGGAGCACCAUUUAUUUUCAAAUAUCACGAAUAAAAAAUUGAUCUAUAUUCUAUUCAAUAUCUAAUAAAAAUAACGCAAAUGAGUCAUGUUUUAAAAUUAUUAACAACAAUCUAUAUUAGUUUACUUCUUCUAAAUGCUUUUUAUUAGUUAACGAGAAUAUGUAUACAUGUAUUGUUUUUUCUUACAUUUUAGUCCAUGCUUUGUCAACCAUGCUGAUUUGGUUGAAUGAGCUUUUUAUACGACCUAUUAUAUAUAUUAUUAUUAGGAAAUAUUUUCAUUUAUAAAAUUGAAACUGGAACUUAAAAAAUAUAACAUAACAUCAAAUUAACUCGAAUGUAUUAUUUAAAUUAUUUUUUCUGUUUCAAAUGAAUCUCUUCAAUUAAAAUUUAUUAUGAUUUCUAGUCAAAAUUAUAAAACCGCGACAAUCUGGCAUUGUCAUCACUAUCGUUUUUGUCUUAUAGUUGUUUUAAGUUGCGAGAUGUAUCCAUCCGUUAUAUAAACUAUUAUUCGUAUAUUUCAUUUAUUGUCAUUGCUGAAUGUACAGCAUUUUGUAUUGUUUUAUAUUUUGUCUUUAUUGUUUAUUGAUUUCAUAAUUGUAAUAAAUCAUCUAUUAAAAAUAUUUCGGCAUCUUAUAUACUGUGAUAAAUUGAUAAAAAUGUAUUGGGAUUUAUUUUGGUCUGACUAUUGUCUAUUUAGUUUUAUUUGUGUUAAAAAUAUCAUUUAUGUUUUGCCUAUAAAUAAUAUGUAUAGGGUAUAUUUUGGCCUUGCCAUGUAAUUGAGUUAAAUGUAAGUAAUGUGGAAAAAGCUUGAAAUAAACACAAUAUAAAUUAUGAA